CGCCCGCAGAGGAAGGCGCCGCAGUCUUCGGGCCUCGCAGCCCCACUCGAGCGUCCUCAGCAUCGAGGGCUCGUGGGUCCUGAGGGGAGGAGGCGAGCCAGGGGCCGGGCACUGAGCUCUUUGGCGCCCCCACCCCAGUUUUCGGAGCCCUCCACGCUGCGGCCGCUGUCCCCUCCGGACCAUGGCCGACGACGACGUGCUGUUCGAAGAUGUGUACGAGCUGUGCGAGGUGAUCGGCAAGGGUCCCUUCAGUGUUGUACGACGAUGUAUCAACAGAGAAACUGGGCAACAAUUUGCUGUAAAAAUUGUUGAUGUAGCCAAGUUCACAUCAAGUCCGGGGUUAAGUACAGAAGAUCUAAAGCGGGAAGCCAGUAUCUGUCAUAUGCUGAAACAUCCACACAUUGUAGAGUUAUUGGAGACAUAUAGCUCAGAUGGAAUGCUUUACAUGGUUUUUGAAUUUAUGGAUGGAGCGGAUCUGUGUUUUGAAAUUGUAAAACGAGCUGAUGCUGGUUUUGUAUACAGUGAAGCUGUAGCCAGUCAUUACAUGAGACAGAUACUGGAAGCUCUACGCUAUUGUCAUGAUAAUAACAUAAUUCACAGGGAUGUAAAGCCCCACUGUGUUCUCCUCGCCUCAAAGGAAAACUCGGCACCUGUUAAACUCGGGGGCUUUGGGGUAGCUAUUCAAUUAGGGGAGUCUGGACUUGUAGCUGGAGGACGCGUUGGAACACCUCAUUUUAUGGCCCCAGAAGUUGUCAAAAGAGAGCCUUAUGGAAAGCCCGUAGAUGUCUGGGGUUGUGGUGUGAUCCUUUUUAUCCUGCUAAGUGGUUGUUUGCCUUUUUACGGAACCAAGGAAAGAUUGUUUGAAGGCAUUAUUAAAGGAAAAUACAAGAUGAACCCACGGCAGUGGAGCCAUAUCUCUGAAAGUGCCAAAGACCUAGUGCGUCGCAUGCUGAUGCUGGAUCCAGCCGAAAGGAUCACUGUGUAUGAAGCGCUGAAUCACCCCUGGCUUAAGGAGAGAGAUCGUUAUGCCUACAAGAUUCAUCUUCCAGAAACAGUAGAGCAGCUGAGGAAAUUCAAUGCAAGGAGGAAACUAAAGGGUGCAGUACUAGCAGCUGUGUCAAGUCACAAAUUCAACUCAUUCUAUGGGGAUCCCCCUGAAGAGUUGCCAGAUUUCUCCGAAGACCCUACCUCCUCAGGAGCAGUCUCACAGGUGCUGGACAGCCUGGAAGAAAUUCACGCACUUACAGACUGCAGUGAAAAGGACUUAGAUUUUCUACACAGUGUUUUCCAGGAUCAGCAUCUUCACACACUACUAGAUCUGUAUGACAAAAUUAACACAAAGUCGUCGCCACAAAUCAGGAAUCCUCCAAGUGAUGCAGUACAGAGAGCCAAAGAGGUAUUGGAAGAAAUUUCAUGUUACCCUGACAAUAAUGAUGCAAAGGAACUAAAGCGUAUUUUAACACAACCUCAUUUCAUGGCCUUACUUCAGACUCACGAUGUAGUGGCACAUGAAGUUUACAGUGAUGAAGCAUUGAGGGUCACGCCUCCGCCCACCUCUCCCUAUUUAAAUGGUGAUUCUCCAGAGAGCGCCAACGGAGACAUGGAUAUGGAGAAUGUGACCAGAGUUCGGCUGGUUCAGUUCCAAAAGAACACAGAUGAACCUAUGGGAAUCACUUUAAAAAUGAAUGAGCUAAAUCACUGUAUCGUUGCAAGAAUUAUGCAUGGGGGCAUGAUUCACAGGCAAGGUACACUUCAUGUCGGUGAUGAAAUUCGAGAAAUCAAUGGCAUCAGUGUGGCUAACCAAACAGUGGAACAGCUGCAAAAAAUGCUUCGGGAAAUGCGGGGGAGUAUCACCUUCAAGAUCGUGCCAAGUUACCGCACUCAGUCAUCCUCCUGUGAGGACUUGCCAUCAACUACCCAACCAAAAGGACGACAGAUCUAUGUAAGAGCACAAUUUGAAUAUGAUCCCGCCAAGGAUGACCUCAUCCCCUGCAAGGAAGCUGGCAUUCGAUUCAGAGUUGGUGACAUUAUCCAGAUUAUUAGUAAGGAUGAUCACAACUGGUGGCAGGGUAAACUGGAAAACUCCAAAAAUGGAACUGCAGGUCUCAUUCCUUCUCCUGAACUUCAGGAAUGGCGAGUAGCUUGCAUUGCCAUGGAGAAGACCAAACAGGAGCAGCAGGCCAGCUGUACUUGGUUUGGCAAGAAAAAGAAGCAGUACAAAGACAAAUACUUGGCAAAGCACAAUGCAGUGUUUGAUCAAUUAGAUCUUGUUACCUAUGAAGAAGUUGUAAAACUGCCAGCAUUCAAAAGGAAAACACUAGUCUUAUUAGGUGCACAUGGUGUUGGGAGAAGACACAUAAAAAACACCCUCAUCACAAAGCACCCAGACCGGUUUGCAUACCCUAUUCCACAUACAACCAGACCUCCAAAGAAAGAUGAAGAAAACGGCAAGAAUUAUUACUUUGUAUCUCAUGACCAAAUGAUGCAAGACAUCUCUAAUAAUGAGUACUUGGAGUAUGGCAGCCACGAGGAUGCGAUGUAUGGGACAAAACUAGAGACCAUCCGAAAGAUCCACGAGCAGGGGCUGAUUGCAAUACUGGACGUGGAGCCUCAGGCGCUGAAGGUCCUGAGAACUGCCGAGUUCGCUCCUUUCGUUGUUUUCAUUGCUGCACCAACUAUUACUCCAGGUCUGAACGAGGAUGAAUCUCUUCAGCGUCUGCAGAAGGAAUCUGACAUCUUACAGAGAACGUAUGCACACUACUUCGAUCUCACAAUUAUCAACAAUGAAAUUGAUGAAACAAUCAGACAUCUGGAGGAAGCCGUCGAGCUCGUGUGCACAGCCCCUCAGUGGGUCCCAGUGUCCUGGGUCUAUUAGGCCUGUCCCCAGAUAUCUGACGCAUAACUGGGAGCCACCUCAUACAUGGAAACGCCUCUUUGUUAUCGGCCUUGUGUCAGCAGGUCGUGGUCCCUAGAGACUACCUAGUUGUAGUGUGACCUACAUUUAUAAUUAUUGUCAUGUCCGAAUAGGUAGGAGGAGAAAAACAAUUACACACUAAUUUAAAGAGACAGUAUCUUUUUUAAUCAGUUCUCCUAAACUUUAAUAAAAUGUAUCUUUAAAUGUAUGUAUUAUUCAAUCCUUUGGAAUGUUAUAUUUUUGGAAAUCAUAGCUUUUUAUUUCCAAGGCCCCUAAAAACUGCACAAAAUAGAUGCUGCUUUCUAUAAUCUAUUUUAAUAAUAAUAAACAAUGAUUCUGUUACCUUGACUGGGGGUGGAAUACUACAUUCUUUUUAGAGUCUGAUUUUAUGGAUUGGAAUAUCUUUCUUUCCUUUAUUUAUUUGAAAUAAUCAGUCUAGUGAUUACAAAACAGUCAUAAAUUUUUAAAGACCUUUUUUCUCUUUCUUUUUUUUAGAAUAGAAUUUUUUUUAAGUCCUUUAUGUAACAUCCAGAUAAUGUGAUACUGUCUCUUUGAAGCACCCUGUAAACCUUUUAGAGAUUUGAAGUUGGGUCUUGACUCUUAAUGCAUGUGGACAGUCGCGAGCGUUUAUGCUGUUGGUGUGUCUGUGUUGGACAAAACGAUCUGUAAUCUACAGCCAAGUACAUUCCGUUCACGGGGCACACCCAGGGGAAUAAGAAUCAAAUGCUAUUAUGACUAAGUUGUAAAACCUAUGCACAUCCCUUGCAUUUCGGGCAACUUUAUAAAAAACAAAAACAAAACUGAUUUUUAUUAAUAAUAAUCAUAUAGUGAGAUGUGUUUGUAAUUUUGUCUCAAUUUAAUUUGUUGUAAGGUGGGAGGGGGAAUUGCUGGUUUCACCAUUUCAGAUCUGUGUUGUCUGAGAGUAUUAACGUUUUAAUUAAGCAAAGAAAUGAGGAUUUUUAAUAUGUAUGUAAUUGUUUUAAAGCACCCAUUUUAAGAGAAUAUACUGUGCAAUGAAGAAACCAGUUUAGGCACUUGCCAUAAACUGAAUUAUUCCAAAAGAAUAUAACAGCCCUGUAAAUUCCUUUAAAAUGAUAACUAACAGGACAGUUUGACCAACUUUUUUAAAUAUACUUCCUUUUAUGUGUUCAAUAUUAAAUGCCUUUGGGUCCGUCAUUUCAUUAUAGAUUUGUUCAGAUAUACAAGCCGAUAAUCUUUUAGAUUUUAUAAUUCAUUAGAUGCUCAUUGAACCAUUGAAGGCCCAGGAGGGACUAUCAGUUGGCAGGACAACAAAAUACUCCGCCAGAGCACAGCUCAGACCGUGCCUGGCUCCCAGAGCACAUGCAGUGCACCCAAGGGCCACCCUUGUACUAGAGGCCAUCUGUGGUUUUUCUUUCCUCUUGCUAUAUCCCUUGGCACAGGACAAUCAUCUUUCCCUGUUGCUUUAGAGACAUUAACCAUCUCAUCACCCUUACAUGAGGUCACAUCCUUCCAAUAAUAGCAGAUUCGGGCUGGGGGUUUUCCGACUCUUGCCAGAGGUCAGUGGAAGGUUUUUCAUUACAGUGGCAGGGUGUAUGAAGUGGUUCUAUUAACCUGUGAUCCUUGAAAAAUUACCAUCAUGUUUGCUUCUUGACAGUUAGAUGGCCUCAUCGCUUUGUGCCUUGGCAGGAUGUGCAGGUUGUGUUCUGAGCUGAAAAGCUCAUCUUGAAGGACCACACAGAGAAGACAUUUGUAUACUCCUUUUAUGGUGUCAUCCCUCCCCACCUACUCUUAUUAAAUGAUGCUGAUUUUUUUUUUCUC